UGUCAGACGGGCAGUUCUCCAUCGCAUAGCAACAAGUGUAAACUUCCUGUUCGUUUCAAGCGAGGAAUUCAGCAUGAAAAUCAGCUUUGUUCUUCUUCAACUAAUUUCGGGCCCAAUUUUUCUUUUGGCCUUUGUCCGUUCCGACCCAGAUCCGCUUCAAGACUAUUGCGUCGCAUCCGCAGAAAAUCCUCCCAACUUCUAUGGUAAUGGGGUGCCAUGCAUCAAUCCGGACCAAGCAAUUGCUUCCCAUUUUGCGACGUCUGCUCUAUCAACACCCGGUAAUACUCACAAUGAGUUCGGCUUCAGCACUUCUCUAACCAACCCUAACAAUUUGCGGGGGCUCAAUACUUUGGGCUUAGCCAUGGCCCGACUGGAUAUUGCACCUGAUGCUCUGCUGCCCCUGCAUUCACAUCCAAGGGCCUCGGAAGUGACCAUUUUGCUAAAGGGCUCCCUCUUUGCGGGCUUUGUCGAUGCUUCUAAUCACCUGUUCACUAGACAAUUACGCCCCGGUGAUUGUUUUGUAUUUCCAAAAGGGCUAAUCCAUUAUCUCUACAACAUGGACAAAGAGGAAGCAGCAUUAGCGAUUUCCGGGUUCAGCAGCCAAAACCCCGGUCUACAAAUCUCAUCAUCUGCCUCAUUCACAUCAAAUCCAGGAAUCCCUGAUGAAGUUCUUGAGAAAACAUUUAAGAUACACGGUCCUGAUGUGGCUAAGAUUAGGAGGAGCCUUGGAGGAUGACUUGGCUUUUAAUCUAAUGCUUCUAGAAAUUGUUUGCUUUUGAAGCUUUAUUUUGGGUGGUUGGGGAUUGAAAAGUGCAGGUUAGGUAUUUGGAUAUUUUUUUUAAAAAAGGACUUCCCAACUACGGCUGUACAAUCAUAUACGGGUACAUCUUUUAGAUUGCCACUUUCCAUGUGUCGCAUAUGUAUAGAAAAGCUUUUUUUGAUUCCACUCAUCAAA